AAAGCAGGAUGAAACAUCCAAUAUGCUUUCAAACCUGUUUCCAAUAAAUUCAGAAAAAAAUUUAAAUGAAAUUGAAAAUCAAAUUAAUGAGAAUAAUAAACAUUUAUAUGUGACAACAAUAAAGAACCUUAUAAGAAAAAAUAUUGUGAAAAAUAUAGGCUUAAUCAUUUCUGAAGAACUUUUAUACACAUAUAAUGUAGAUGGGACUCAUGAAAAAAAAAGGUUGAAGAAUUUCGAAAACAUAUACAAUGCAAUAAAAGAUGCAGUAGGAGCUAACCCAGAAAUAGAUGACAUCGAGGGAAGAAUUAGAAGAGCACUUAAUCUUACAAAAAAGCGACAUUUA